CUUUUCUUUACUUAAAGCAAGCUCUCUAUCCAGGAAUACAACCUUCAAUUCCCGUCUAUCCAAACACUACGUACCCACAAUGACUCACGGAAAAGCAAUUGCAACGGUCUCUGGCCGGACUAUCGCGGAGACUGAUGAGUACGAGGUUGUUGAAGGAAAUAUCUACUUCCCACCUUCGUCGAUCAAGAUGGAGAUGAUGACCAAGACUGAUCACAUAACCCAUUGCCCAUGGAAGGGAGCUGCUUCGUAUUAUACGAUCAAUCUUGAUAAAACUGAGUUCAAGAAUGCGGCGUGGUACUAUCCAGAACCCUUUGAAAAGGCGAAGAAUAUCAAGGACCAUGUUGCUUUCUACAAGAAUAUCGUCACUGUGACCACCGAGUAAAGAUAAGAAAGUGCGGCGUAAGACAGGUGCUUGGAGGCUUUCUCUUUGCCCAGAUAUUCUUUAGGGUUAUUUUAGCCAAAAGUUGCAGGCCUGAGUUCUUGAACAUCAAUCGAAAAACUUUCUCCACUCCA